UUAAAAGUGUUGCUCUGCUUUGUUGCUGGGACUACAGGACUGUUAAUUCAGGCAAAAUUCUGCUAACUCAUACGGCGGGGGCCUUGUGUUCUAAAAAACAUCGCUCUGGAGAUGCGGCCUUUAACGUGGAGUUUAUUUUGUCACCCAGAAUGGAAACCAGCAUACUUCACUUUGGCCUCACCCCCACUUCUGAAGGAGCGACGAGUAGAAAGGUGGACUUCAAACGCUCUUAAUAGUGUUCCUGAAAGAGCAUUUUCUUCUCCCGCCCCUCUUUACUUUGUAGCCCGGCUGGUCCCGCAGCGACCGCCAAAGCGUCGGGCACUACUUUCCGUCUGCGGUGGUUCCUGGGACCCUCUUUCACGGCUCCCUCACCCCGCCCGCGCCGGCGGAAGGAGACGCGCUGCGCGCUCGCAGAUCGCUAGUGGAUGGGGAGGCGGAGUAGUACUGGCCACGGCGCUGUGGCGGCGGCCGCCGGGGCUGCCUCCGGGCCUCCGACCACUGCGUGGAGAAUUGUCAAUUUGGUUUUUUUAAUGUGUGGAGCUGCAGCGAGAGGCUGCGAGUCAGGGAGUCCAGGGAGUGUUGAGUAGUACUGCGAGACACCGAGGUCGCUGUGCCCUUCUGGGCAGAGCGUCGGGUGCGCCCCCGAAUCCGCGCUGGUUUGCUCGCGGGGCUGCGGCUGUCCUCUGGUUCGCUCUCUUUAGCAUGGGCGGCCGGUAGGCGCGGGGUUUCGUUGGUUCCCUCGCAGUGGAUAAGGCAGCGUCCGCUUCGCUAGUGUCGACUAUGGCGGUGGAGACGCGGCCGGAGCUGGUGGGGAAGCGGUUCCUGUGCGUGGCGGUCGGUGAAGAGGCGCGGCCGGAGCGCGGGCAGAGCGGUCGCAGCCGGCGGGGCUGGCGAGCGGGGGUCAUCCGAGCUGUGUCACAUAGGGACAGCCGCAAUCCGGACCUGGCGGUGUAUGUGGAAUUUGAUGAUCUCGAAUGGGAUAAACGAGAGUGGGUUAGAGUUUAUGAAGAUUUUUCAGCUUUCUUGGUGGAAUACCACUUAAUCUGGGCCAGAAGGAACGACCCUAGCCAGACUCAGGGAUCAAAGAGCAAACAGAUUCAGUGGCCUGCAUUGACUUUCAAACCCCUGGUUGAAAAAAGUAUACCCAGUUCAAUCACUGCAGUAGAAUUCCUUGUAGAUAAACAACUGGAUUUUUUAACUGAAGAUAGUGCCUUUCAGCCCUACCAGGACGACAUAGACAGUUUAAACCCAGUUCUCAGGGACAACCCACAACUUCAGGAAGAAGUGAAAGUCUGGAUAAAGGAACAAAAGGUUCAGGAGAUUUUUAUGCAAGGUCCUUAUUCCUUAAAUGGAUAUAGAGUGAGAGUAUAUAGACAAGACUCUGCCACCCAGUGGUUUACUGGCAUAAUUACUCAUCAUGAUCUCUUCACUCGCACCAUGAUCGUUAUGAAUGAUCAGGUACUAGAACCACAGAAUGUCGAUCCUUCUAUGGUUCAAAUGACCUUUCUAGAUGAUGUUGUUCACUCUUUGUUAAAAGGUGAAAAUAUUGGCAUUACAUCACGGCGAAGGUCUCGUGCCAGUCAAAAUAGCAACGCUGUUCACGGUCAUUAUACACGUGCCCAAGCAAAUAGUCCCAGACCAGCAAUGAACUCCCAAGCUGCUGUACCAAAACAGAAUACACACCAGCAACAAAGAAAUAGCCGUCCAAAUAAGAGGAAGGGCUCAGAUAGCAGUAUACCAGAUGAAGAGAAAAUGAAGGAGGAAAAGUAUGAUUAUAUAGUACGAGGAGAAAAUCCUAAAGGUAAAAACAAGCAGUUGAUAAACAAAAGAAGGAAACCUGAUGAGGAUGAAAAGAAACUAAAUAUGAAAAGACUACGAACUGACAAUGUUUCAGACUUUUCCGAGACCAGUGACUCAGAAAAUUCAAAUAAGAGAAUAAUAAAUAAUUCCUCAGAGCAGAAGCCAGAAAGUGAGUUGAAAAAUAAAAACACUUCAAAGAUAAAUGGAGAAGAAGGAAAAUCCCAGAAUAAUGAGAAGGCAGGAGAGGAGAAACUAAUAGAUAACCAGCCUGCCUGGGAUCAAAUACAAGAAGAUAAAACACAUGAAGCAGAGAAGCAGAAGUCUGUUGACUCGCAGCUUCAAGAAAAAAUGACUGUCCAUUCAUUAGAACAGGCCACACUUUCUGAUCAUCAUCCUAAUGAUUUACUUCUUAAGGAAUGCAAUAUGGAAAAAACGCAUACAGUGGAAUUAUUGUCGAAGGAGAAGUUUGUAUCCAGACCACCCACACCAAAAUGUGUUAUUGAUAUUACUAACGACACUAAUUCCGAAAAAGUGGCUCAGGAAAACUCAAGUACCUUUGGCCUUCAAACACUUCAGAAAAUGGAUCCUAACAUUAGUGAUUCAAAACAUUCAAUUGCAAAUGCAAAAUAUUUGGAAACAGCAAAACAAGAUUCUGACCCCAGCUGGGUCAGUGAUGUAGUUAAAGUAGAUUUAACCCAAUCAAAUGUUAGGAAUACUUCUUCAGGAAACGAUCAUCUGAAUGUGGAAAAAGAAAAAAAUCCGUAUGUCUCUUACACGUCUUCUCUAAGUGCGGUUUCUGUGACAGAAGAUAAGCUGUGUAAGCGAAGUCCCCCUCCAGAGACUAUAAAGUCUAAACUUAAUACUUCAGUAGAUGCUCACAAGACAAAAUCCAAUCCCUCACCUGAAGUUGUUAAACCUAAAGUCACCCAUUCUCCUGAUUCCAUAAAGUCUAAGGCCACUUACUUGAACAGUCAAUCUGCUGGUGAAAGAAGACUGGCAAAUAAGAUAGAACAUGAGUUAUCAAGAUGCAGUUUUCAUCCAGUUCCUACGCGGGGCAGUGCGUUGGAAACUACAAAGAGCCCUCUUAUCAUUGAUAAAAAUGAGCAUUUCACAGUUUACAGAGAUCCUGCACUUAUUGGGUCAGAAACAGGAGCUAAUCACAUUUCACCUUUCUUAAACCAGCAUCCUUUUCCUCUUCAUUCUUCAUCCCAUAGAACCUGUAUAAAUCCAAGUACCCAUCACCCAGCCUUAACUCCCGCACCCCACCUAUUGGCUGGAUCAUCUAGUCAAACUCCAUUGCCUACCAUUAACACUCACGCCCUGACUAGUGGUCCACACCAUUCUGUUCAUCACCCUCAUUUACUUCCUACUGUGUUACCUGGAGUGCCUGCUGCCUCCUUACUUGGUGGCCACCCACGACUAGAGACUGCUCAUGCCAGCAGCUUGAGCCACUUAGCACUAGCACACCAGCAACAGCAACAAUUGUUACAGCACCAGUCACCUCAUCUUCUUGGACAAGCCCAUCCUUCUGCUUCAUAUAAUCAGCUUGGUCUUUAUCCAAUUAUUUGGCAAUAUCCAAAUGGAACACAUGCAUACUCAGGACUUGGUCUACCUUCUUCUAAGUGGGUUCAUCCAGAAAAUGCAGUUAAUGCUGAAUCUUCAUUAAGGAGGAGUUCUCCCAGCCCUUGGUUACAUCAACCCACCCCUGUGACCUCAGCGGAUGGUAUUGGAUUACUUAGUCACAUUCCUGUCAGACCUUCCAGUGCAGAGCCUCAUCGACCUCUUAAAAUUACAGCGCAUUCCAGCCCACCAUUGACAAAAAGUUUAGUAGAUCACCAUAAAGAAGAAUUGGAAAGGAAAGCUUUUAUUGAACCAUUACGUUCUGUUUCAUCCACAUCAGCAAAAAAUGAUCUGGAUCUAAGUAGGUCACAGACUGGAAAAGAUGGCCACUUGCACAGGCAUUUUGUGGAUCCUGUGAUGAAUCAAUUACAGAGACCACCCCAGGAGACUGGGGAGAGAUUAAACAAAUACAAGGAGGAACACCGUCGAAUUCUUCAAGAAAGUAUUGACGUUGCUCCAUUUACAACUAAAAUCAAGGCGCUUGAGGGUGAGAGAGAUAAUUAUUCCAGAGUACCAUCGUCAUCUUCUAGCCCUAAAAGCCAUGUCCUCAAACAUGACAAGGAUGUAGAAUGCUCAGUAUCAGAUCUUUAUAAAAUGAAGCACUCAGUGCCUCAGAGUUUGCCCCAAAGUAACUACUUCACUACAUUGUCUAAUAGUGUGGUCAAUGAACCACCAAGGUCAUACCCAUCCAAAGAAGUUUCAAAUAUUUACAGUGAAAAACAGAGUAAUACCCUUGCAGCAGCAGCUAAUCCUCAAACUCUGACUUCAUUUAUAUCAUCUCUUUCCAAACCUCCACCUUUGAUUAAACACCAACCAGAAAGUGAAGGUUUAGUAGGCAAGAUACCAGAACAUCUUCCCCAUCAAAUUGCUUCUCACUCAGUAACAACCUUCAGAAAUGAUUGUAGGAGUCCUACCCAUUUAACAGUUUCUUCUACAAAUAUGCUCCGGAGUAUGCCUGCUUUACAUAGAGCACCAGUAUUUCACCCCCCAAUUCAUCACAGCCUGGAAAGAAAGGAAAGCAGCUAUAGUAGCCUUUCCCCUCCAACUUUAACUCCAGUGAUGCCUGUAAAUGCUGGUGGGAAAGUUCAAGAAUCACAAAAGCCUCCGACUCUAAUUCCUGAGCCAAAAGACUCUCAGGCAAAUUUUAAGACUUCUUCUGAACAGAAUGUGACGGAAAUGUGGAAAUCUAAUAAUAACCUCAGCAAAGAGAAAGCUGAAUGGCAUGUAGAGAAAAGCAGUGGAAAGUCACAGGCUGCUAUGGCAUCUGUCAUUGUACGUCCACCUUCUAGUACAAAACUUGAUAGUGUGCCAGCAAUGCCGAUAGCUUCCAAAGAUCGAGUUAGUGAAAGAUCUUCAACUGGGGCAAAUCAAACAGAUUGCAUCAAACCAGCAGAAGCUGGAGAGACUGGAAGAAUCAUUCUGCCAAGUGUGAAUUCAGACAGUGCUCACAUAAAAUCUGAAAAAAACUUUCAGGCGGUCUCACAGGGCGGUGUUCCCAGUUCAGUUGUGUCUGCUGUAAAUACAUUGUGUAACACCAAAAUGGAUAUAUUCACGUCUGCUGCCACUACCACCAGUGUUUCCAGGUGGGGUGGCUCCGAAAUAAUUUACUCUUUAUCAAAUACCAUUUUGGCCUCUAAAUCCUUAGAAUGUACCUCUUCAAAAAGUGUCAGUCAUUCAGUGGCACAAACACAAGAAUGCAGGGUCAGCACCACAGCUACAGUUACACCAGCCAGUAGUAAGACAGGAAGUGCUGUUCAGCCCAGCUCUGGGUUCUCAGGCACAAGUGAUUUUAUUCAUUUAAAAAAGCACAAGGCAGCACUGGCUGCGGCUCAAUAUAAAAGUAGUAAUGUUAGUGAGAUUGAGCCUAAUGCUGUGAAAAAUCAGACAUCUUCCGCCGCCCUUCUCUUGGAUAGCACUGUAGUCUGUAGUACAAUAAACAAAGCAAACUCUGUAGGAAAUGGGCAAGCAUCCCAGACAAGUCAACCCAACUACCAUACUAAACUGAAAAAAGCCUGGCUUACUAGACAUUCAGAAGAAGAUAAAAAUACUAAUAAAAUGGAAAAUUCAGGGAGUUCUGUUUCAGAAAUUAUUAAGCCAUGUUCUGUCAAUUUAAUAGCCUCUACAUCUAAUGAUAUACAAAAUAGUGUAGAUAGUAAGAUCAUAGUUGAUAAAUAUGUAAAAGAUGAUAAUAAGGUCAAUAGGAGAAAAGCCAAAAGAACUUAUGAAUCUGGCUCUGAAAGUGGAGACUCUGAUGAAAGUGAAAGCAAGUCAGAGCAAAGGACUAAAAGGCAACCUAAGCCAACUUAUAAAAAGAAGCAAAACGAUUUGCAGAAGAGGAAAGGUGAAAUAGAAGAAGAUUUAAAACCCAAUGGGGUUCUCAGCAGGAGUGCCAAAGAAAAAAGUAAAUUGAAGUUGCAGAGCAGCAGUAAUAGUGCUGGCAUCCCUCGUUCAGUAUUAAAAGAUUGGCGUAAAGUCAAGAAGCUGAAGCAAACUGGGGAAUCCUUUUUACAGGAUGACUCCUGCUGUGAGAUAGGGCCUAAUUUGCAAAAGUGUCGAGAAUGUAGACUUAUUCGGAGUAAAAAAGGAGAAGACUCAACCCAUUCACCAGUAUUUUGUAGAUUUUACUACUUUAGACGAUUAUCAUUUAGUAAAAAUGGAGUGGUUAGAAUAGAUGGUUUCUCUUCUCCUGACCAAUAUGAUGAUGAAGCUAUGAGUUUAUGGACACAUGAAAAUUAUGAAGAUGAUGAACUAGACUUAGAAACUUCAAAAUACAUCUUGGAUAUAAUAGGUGAUAAGUUUUGUCAAUUAGUAACAUCUGAGAAAACAGCUUUGUCCUGGGUGAAAAAGGAUGCUAAAAUUGCCUGGAAAAGAGCAGUGAGAGGAGUUCGGGAGAUGUGUGACGCAUGUGAAGCAACAUUGUUUAACAUUCACUGGGUCUGCCAGAAGUGCGGCUUUGUGGUCUGCUUAGACUGUUAUAAGGCAAAGGAAAGGAGGAGUUCUAGAGAUAAAGAACUAUAUGCUUGGAUGAAGUGUGUGAAGGGACAGCCUCAUGAUCACAAGCAUUUAAUGCCAACUCAAAUCAUACCUGGUUCUGUUUUGACAGAUCUUCUAGAUGCGAUGCACACUCUUAGAGAAAAAUAUGGUAUUAAAUCCCAUUGUCAUUGUACUAACAAACAGAAUAUACCAGUUGGUAAUUUUCCUACAAUGAACGGUGUGUCUCAAGUUUUACAGAAUGUUCUUAAUCACAGUAAUAAAAUUUCUCUGUGCAUGCCUGAGUCUCAGCAGCAAAAUACCCCUCAGAAGUCUGAGAGUAAUGGCAGCAACAGUCCAGGGAGUGAUGUUAGCACAGACAGCAAGUUAACUCCUCCGGAGUCCCAGUCACCACUGCACUGGUUAGCAGAUCUUGCAGAGCAAAAGGCCAGAGAGGAAAAAAAAGAAAACAAAGAAUUUGCCCUUGAACAACCAAUUAAAGAAGAGAAAGAACAGGACAAUCCUGAUUCUCCAAACAGCAGAACAUCACCUCCUGUGUCCCAGAAUAAUGAACAAGGCUCAACUUUACGGGAUUUACUGACCACAACAGCUGGCAAGCUACGUGUGGGUUCUACAGAUGCUGGCAUUGCUUUUGCACCAGUAUAUUCAAUGGGAACCCCAACUGGUAAAAGUGGAAGGACUAUGCCAAACAUUCUUGAUGACAUAAUUGCUUCAGUUGUUGAAAACAAAAUUCCACCAAAUAAAGCAUCUAAGAUAAAUGUAAAACCAGAGCUAAAAGAAGAGCCUAAAGAAAGCAGAAAAUCUGCCAUGGAUGAGAACAAUAAAUUGUACAGUGACAUACCACAUUCUUGGAUCUGUGAGAAGCAUAUCCUUUGGCUUAAGGAUUAUAAAAAUAUUAAUAAUUGGAAGCUUUUCAAAGAGUGUUGGAAAUAUGGACAACCUGCAGUGGUUUCUGGUGCACAUAAGAAAAUGAACAUUAACUUAUGGAAGGCGGAAUCAAUUAGUGUUGAUUUUGGAGACCACCAGGCUGAUCUCCUGAACUGCAAAGACAGCAUUAUUUCAAAUGCCAAUGUUAAGGAAUUCUGGGAUGGUUUUGAAGAAGUUUCAAAACGGCAAAAAAUGAAAAGUGGAGAAACAGUUGUUUUAAAAUUGAAAGACUGCCCUUCGGGAGAAGACUUCAAGACUAUGAUGCCAUCAAGAUAUGAAGAUCUUUUAAAAAGCCUGCCAUUGCCAGAAUAUUGUAAUCCAGAAGGAAAAUUCAAUUUGGCUUCUCAUUUGCCAGGAUUUUUUGUACGCCCUGAUCUAGGACCCAGGUUAUGCAGUGCGUAUGGUGUAGUUGCUGCUAAAGAUCAUGAUAUAGGAACAACAAAUCUCCAUGUUGAAGUUUCUGAUGUUGUAAAUAUUCUGGUCUAUGUUGGCAUAGCAAAAGGAAAUGGCAUUCUCUCAAAAGCAGGAAUCCUCAAGAAAUUUGAGGAAGAAGAUUUAGAUGACAUUUUGAGAAAACGAUUGAAGGACUCAAGUGAAAUUCCUGGUGCUCUGUGGCAUAUUUAUGCUGGGAAAGACAUUGACAAGAUCAGGGAAUUUCUUCAAAAGAUUUCAAAAGAACAAGGCCUUGAAGUUCUACCAGAACAUGAUCCAAUACGUGACCAAAGUUGGUAUGUGAACAAAAAGCUCCGCCAAAGACUGCUUGAGGAAUAUGGAGUCAGAACCUGCACACUUAUUCAGUUCCUUGGUGAUGCCAUUGUCUUACCAGCAGGAGCACUUCAUCAGGUACAGAAUUUUCACAGCUGUAUUCAGGUAACUGAAGACUUUGUGUCUCCAGAACAUCUUGUACAGUCAUUUCAUUUAACACAGGAACUGAGACUUUUGAAAGAAGAAAUCAAUUAUGAUGAUAAAUUACAGGUUAAAAACAUCUUGUAUCAUGCAGUCAAGGAAAUGGUGAGAGCUUUGAAGAUACAUGAAGAUGAAACAGAGGAUAUGGAAGAAAAUUAGGUGUGUUUCAGUUUACUGUUUUUAGACCAUUGAAAUGGUAUUACUUACUCUUGAACAAUGAUAAUGUAUGUACACUGACUUAAGCUUCCUAAAACCAUCAGUGCCAAGAAAUUCUCCUUGUAGUAAUUACUUGUUACUGACAGCGCAGCAGUAUAUAGCCUAAGUCACAGCUCCUACGAUUCAUUGUUAGUUAUUAAAACAAGCUACAUUCAAAAAGCAGCGCUUCAUAGCUGUUUUUGUAUUAUAGUGUAUAUGAUGUUUGUGAAAAUGCCAGAUUUAAAAUGAUGUAUUUAUUUUUGGAAAAAAAUUACAAAAUUCUAUGCUAUAUUGUUGAUCAAGUGUAAAUGUGACCUUGUACAGUUUACUAAAAUAACUGAUAUUUUUCACUACAUUGAGACAGUUACUGUGAGAAUAGGACUCAACACCAGCUAUUGCCUGCAUUUGGGAAAUUGCUGAAUCGCACAGCAUUCAUGUCAUAAUCAGAAAAUUACUGCCAAAUAAUUGUAAAAUUUGUAAAAUAUAAAGUAUAUAAAGUAGAUACUAAAUACAGACACUUCAAUAUUUUGUUGAAGCUAUUGACUGUACAAUUAAACAUUUUCAAAAGGUGUAAUUUAUUUAAAAUUGUCUCAUUUUGGUAAAAUUUAUGUGAACUUUUAAAGCUAAAUAUUAAACUUAAUAUGCCAUGUAAAUAUAUACAUAUAUACAUUUAAUGAUGUAUUUUUUUAAAACAUUGGCUUGCUUUUAUUUGUUAAGUGCAAGUGUUACAUAUGGCUUUGUACAUUGAAGUUGAAAGGGGUUUUACAUUUUCCAUUAAAAGGACUUUAUCAAAAA